AUGACGCACCUCUUGUUCGUCUCCUGCUCGACCUACAUCGUGCACGCGAACUCCCUGGACAACAGCCGUGCGAGUACAAAGGGUAUGGCAAUGGAGGAAGGCCUGACGAAAGGUACAGCCGCCACGGAGGAGCAGAAUGAUGGCUCAGGUGAGUCCCUUUCAAUCUCAUCAGCCGCCGCAAACUCUCUCGUCAGCACCUCCUCGUCGAUCUCCGCUACCUCCCUUUCCUCCCAAUCAGACAUAGUAGCCAUCUGCGUAACCUGUGGCCCAUCAUCCAGCAUUUCUAACCUCGUCAUCAUCACCAGCCCACCCGCCCGCAUUAUUCACUGCAUACCCGAAUGCGAUAUCGUAUUCGGCGGCCCCAACAUAUUGAUCGAACCGUCACAUCAAGACUCGGAGUCGGAAAUGUGGCCAGUGAGGAGGGAGCAUGAGCGGCCAAGUGCUGAGGUCCUGGCUGCGAAGGGUGGACUGCAUGAAUUCGGGACGCCGGCGGAUGUGUAA